AUGUGGCCCGCGUGGGGGAUUUCGGCCGUAUUUUUGGAAACUCGCAUAUUUGGCAGCAGUAUCAGUCGUACAAUCAGAACGUGCCUUCCUUCAGCAGUCUCAUCAAGAAGGCAUUUCCAGCGGUUAUAUACAGUCAUAAGGAAGUAUCAGGUCAAGGUCAUAUCUGUUUGCCAAAAAAAGGAAUAUGGAUCUACUCGAAGUGUUGUCCGUAGACUUGGGACAAUUCUUUCCUUAGAGCCCUACCCAAGACCUUAUUUUCAACUUGUUCAAGACCCAAGUCCGUUGGGUUAUGAUGAACAAAGCACAGCUCCAGCUCCUGUAGCUCCAUCACUUGCUGAUGUCCUGUGGGUGGCAAAUGAUGAGGGACAAGCAUUUACUAGACUUAGGACUGAAUUGUGGAGAAAAGAAAAAAGUACAGCUUAUCGUGACUUACAUCCACCUAUAGAUUCAAUACAAAGUGUUCCAAAGACCAGUACACAAAAAGACAGUCUUGUUGAUCAAGCAGCACUCCAGAAAAUUUCUGCGCUUGAAGAUGAGCUAACCUUUCUUCGUGCUCAGAUUGCUCUAAUUGUUUCAGCACAGACACCGGGAAGCAUUCCGCCACAAGCCUUUAAAACAUUCAGCAUUCCAGAUGGAUUUUACCCAGUGCCAGCCAUGACUUCUACGCCAUUGUCCGUCUCUCACAAUCACUUUGUAAUUCCCUCACCGCCUCCACUUCCUUCUGUUGUACCAUCUGGUGUUGAUGCUAGUAAUUCAGCAAUCGAACUUAUAAAACAACGUCGUGCUGCAAGAAACAGUAGUUCAACUACAGCUGAUAGUGCUGAUCACCAGAGGACAAAGAACAUUCCUAGUAUGAUGGAUGUUUUGAAAGACCUAAACAAAGUUCAGUUGCGAGCUAUCGAGAGGUCACCCGGAGGUACUCCUCUUUCUAGACCCAAAAAGAGGCAAAGUUCCGACUGGGAUCCAGUUGCCCUACUGACUCAUGCACUAAAGCAGAAAUUUGCACAUAAAAAUGAUGAUGAUGAUGAUUCCCUGGACAAAGAAAAUCGAUCUUUUGAUAGCUCCCCAUUUUCUAGUCCAGAGAUCCCACUGGUUGGACAUUGCAGUCUGAAGCCAAAUACAAAAUCUAGCCUUAUAAGAACUGAUGAAGUUAAACAGGUAUCAACAUGGAAAGUGAGAGCACAUAUUUAG